UGUAAUAACUUUCUCAACUAUUCUCAAUGGCUUGUGCAAACAAGGGGAAUCUUGAUGAGGCACUCACACUAUUUAAAGCAAUGGAAAAAAGUCGGUUGAAGGUUAAUUGUGUGAGCUAUAACAUUUUGAUUAAUGGUAUGUGUAGAGCUGGGAGGCUUACUGAUGCCAAGGAAUUGUUUUCUAGGCUUUUUGAAAAAGGUUUACAACCUGAUGUUUAUACAUAUAGUAUAAUAAUAAAAGGACUUUGCAAUGAAGGUUUACUAGAUGAAGCAUACAAAGUUUUUAGAGGAAUGGAAGAGUGUGGAUGUUUACCGAAUGGUUGCUGUUAUAAUGUGAUUAUUCAAGGGUUUCUCAGGCAUAAAGAUAUACCAGAGGCAACACUACUUAUUGAUGAAAUGGUUGAUAAAGGAUUCUCUGCAGAUGCCACCACCUUUGAAUUGGGCCUGUGAACAUAUUGUUCUUCUUCAUUAUAGAGACAUCAUGAGCUUGGUAAAAGAGUUUCCUAUUCUGUUCUGUGGCCUCCUAGCUCUUGUGCAGUAUCUAGCUGUUCUGCUCCAGGUACAAGUCCUUGUUCUACCAUUCAAGAUCAAGGAACUGCCUUUGAUUUUACAUCUGAUGAUGGUAUAAAUUUUUGAAAAGUCUGGGCCACUUGGGGUGGAAGAGGGUUUAAGGGGCUAAUGGUCAGCAAGAGAAGCGUAGUUUUCUUGGCGUCUGAAUUUGAGAGCUGAAUAUGUUUAGGCAUCCUGAAAUAGGAAGCACUGAUGGAAAAUCUGAAAGCUCUUCUCGUUGAUGGCUCUCUUCUCGGACUGGCCGUUCCUGGCAUGGAAGCUAAUGAAUGCACGAAAUGACCUGAUCUUUAAUGAUAAACAAUGGAACACCAGAAGUAUGAAUUAAUCAGUACUCUGAAGCAGAGAAUUGCUUCACCAAUCCAUGAUUAAUGCAGUAAUCUCUAGUAUUAAGAUAAUUCCAAUCUGGACUCACUAGCUGUUGGUUUCAUUAUGAUAAACUUUGAAAUUCUUACUGUUAGAAGAAGUUGCUAAUAUGCUUAUGAGUCUGUCAUCAAAGAUCUGUUGUUUUUGUCAAUAGAGAAGGAAAUUGGCCAGUUCACAUUUCAAA